GAACUUUCCUCAUUCAAACUUCAACCAUUCUAAUCUCAACCCACAAAACAACACCGUCCUUAGUCAAAUCCAAAUUCAAUGGAAAUUAACACUCAUCUUCCAUUUCUCACCCAAGAAGACUAUAAUAACCUCUUCCAAGACAUCCUCAUCAACCCAACAAACAACAACAUGAAGAAACGUAACCUUGAACCUACCCAAGAAAGACCACACAAACAACAAAAACAAAACAACAACAUUAAGGAUAUCCUAGCUUCACUCCUUCUCUUAGAACAAGAAGAAACCACCGAACAACAAAACCGGUUACUCGAUUCACAGCAACACAAAUCCAUGUCCAAUUCCAUCUUCAAAAACCAAACCCAAACCAUGAACAACUACAUGGAACAUCUUCAAAAUCACUACACCGAGUUAGACCAAUCCCAUCACACCAAAUCCAAAAAAACCCGUCUCAAUACUAUCACAGCUGCUUCCCUAAUUGCAUCCGGUUCAGACCAACCACUCUCAACCCAAACCGGUUCAGAAUCCAAAGAAAUCAACCACCCGCACCAACGGCGCCUAUGGGUAAAAGACCGGUCUAACAACUGGUGGGAGAAUUGCAACCGUGAAAACUUCCCGGACGACGAAUUCCGGAAAUGCUUCCGGAUGAGUAAACCAACAUUCAACAUGAUCUGCGACGAACUCGACUCAUCAGUCACAAAGAAAAACACAACCCUCCGCGACGCGAUUCCGGUUCGCCAGCGCGUGGCGGUAUGUUUAUACCGCCUCGCGACCGGCGACCCGCUCCGCCUUGUUUCGAAGAAAUUCGGUUUAGGAAUAUCGACUUGUCAUAAACUCGUAUUAGAAGUUUCUUCCGCUAUAAGAACAGUACUAAUGCCGAAAUUUCUCAGAUGGCCAGACGAAGAAACAAUGCAGAAAACAAAACAAGAAUUCGAGGGUAUUUUCGGUAUUCCGAAUGUAGGUGGCACAAUGUACACCACUCAUAUACCUAUUAUAGCGCCUAAAGUGAAUGUUGGUUUGUAUUACAAUAAAAGACAUACAGAAAGGAACCAGAAAACGAGUUACUCGAUAACGGUUCAAGGAGUGGUUAACUCGAAAGGGGUUUUUAACGAUGUGUGUAUAGGUUGGCCCGGUUCGAUGCCAGAUAGUGAAGUGUUGGAGAAAAGUGCUUUAUAUGAGAGAGCGAAAAGAGGUAACUUGAAAGAUAUAUGGAUAGUUGGGAAUUCGGGUUAUCCGGUUUCGGAUUGGGUUUUGGUGCCAUAUAAGCAUAAGAAUCUGACGUGGACGCAACAUGGGUUUAAUGAGAGGAUUGGUGAGAUUGAGAGAGUUGGGAAGGAGGCGUUUGGGAGAUUGAAAGGGAGGUGGGGGUGUUUGAAGAAGAGGACAGAGAUUAAGUUGCAGGAUUUGCCGGUUGUUCUUGGGGCGUGUUGUGUUCUUCAUAAUGUUUGUGAGAUUAUGAAUGAGGAAAUGGAUGAGGAGUGGAAGUUUGAGGUUUUUGAUGAUGAAAAUGUUGUUGAGGAUGGUGUUUGUUCUGUUGAGUCGUUGAAGGCUAGAGAUCGAAUUGCUCAUUAUUUGUUACAUCAUGGUCGUGGUGGGACUGGUUUUUUGUAGUUUUUUUUUAGUCUUUUAUUUAUGAAAUUUAUUUGUACUAUAUGAAUUUUUGUUUAGAUUAAAUUAAAUUAAAUUAAAUUUUUAUUAA